AUGAGUGCACGUGUGUGGCUCAUUAUCUUUUUCCGUGCCUUCCUCUUCUUUGGUCUUCAUCGUGCUAAACUUCUCUCUAUGAAUUUUCUUCGCGCUGCUACACGUCGAUACUCUGCAAUGUCUACGCCGAUCAAGUUUUCCGAAUGCUCGCCAUUCACCAAUGUUGUGGUGAGCUCUAUGAGAAAGCUAUACCCGGAGGCAUUGGCAGACAAGAGCUUCGAUAAUACAGGAUUGCUGCUCGAAGCUCCUUUCGACGGAUCCCGGGCACAGAACAGCUCGGUCCUCCUCACUAUUGACCUCACUACGGCCGUUGCCGAUGAAGCCAUCAAAAACCGCAACUCUGUUAUCGUCGCAUACCACCCAAUCAUCUUCCGCGGCCUGAAAUCCCUCACCUUCGCCGACUCCCAACAACGAUCCCUACUCCGCCUAGCACAACAUGGAAUCAGCGUCUACUCCCCGCAUACAGCAGUCGAUACCGUACCGGAGGGUAUGGCCGACUGGCUCUGCGACGUAGUGACCGGAAACUUCAAACCCGUCCAACAAACGUCCAAAGCGACCGUUGAGCUCUGCAAGUCAAGCAUGUAUUCCGCCCCAACCUACCCCGAGGUACCCAUCCCCGCCGUGCAAGCUUCCUCCUCGCAAGGACCAGCGCACACCAGGUCCACAAUCCACCCAUCCCCGCCAGCCUCAAUCCCAGAAGGCUUCGAGUCAGCCGGUGCCGGCCGUCUGGUGACAUUCGCCCAGGCACAAGCCCUCACUGCGCUGGUCGAUCACAUCGCUUGCGGAAUCGGCUUGCCAGGCGGUAUCCCCAUCGCCAUCCCGCAAGGCCAGUCUGUUGAUGAUAUCUCCAUCCGCACGGUGGGAAUGUGUCCCGGAUCGGGCUCGGGCGUCCUCAUGAAAGGUGACGGCGAGCUCCCUGAUCUCCUGUUGACUGGUGAAAUGAGCCACCAUGAGGCUUUGGCUGCCACGGAGCGUGGGUCUGUUGUCAUUUCGCUUUCGCACACUAACUCAGAGCGUGGGUAUCUGCGUUCGGUCAUGCAGCCCAAGUUGCUGGCUGAGGUUAAAAAGCAGUGGGAUGAUGCUUUCCGAGAAUCUACGGGCGCCAUUGAUGAUCUUGAUAAGUCUAAUGGGCUUCCAUCCCCGGCUGCGUUCCAGACUCGGGACCUUUACAAGAAGCAGGGCGAUGUUAGGGUUUAUGUUAGUGACGCUGAUCGUGAUCCCUAUGGUAUUAUGAUUUGGCGUGGUAACUAG